UGUGUGUGUGUGUACAAAGGCAUCUGCGCAGCUCUGCAUAAACAAACAGCAAAAGCAGAAGUCGGUGGCAGUGAAUUAGCAGUUGGGGACUGUAGAAAAUCCAUACAGGAAGCAAAACAGAAGAGAAAUCUCAGGCCACGGGGACUGAGGACGCUGAGAGGGCGCUUUUGAAAUAGAUGAAGCUCAUCGAGUGUGCGAUAGCUGCGGGCUGGGACGGCCGCCCCAUGGGAAGGAGGGCAGGCACCGGGCUCCCCCGACCGCUCAUCCGUGCUCAGGAAAAGAGCCAGAAGGUGCAAUUAUGCAUAAAGGAACAGCAGGAGGAAUUCAAAACCGGCUUUUAAGCGCAUCCGCCUCGCUGGAGCCACGGCAAUGAAUGGGCACGCUCUGCCGGCCGGCACGCCAGCGCAUCCCCGGGGCUGGCAUGAGUUCUGCGAGCUGCACGCCAUCAGCACGGCCAAGGAGCUGGCGCGGCACUACCUGCGCUUCGCCACCGAGCACCCGCACCAUGACCUCCUGGCCGCAGAGAACUUCUCGGUGCAGUUCACCGACCUCUUCCAGCAGUACUUCUGCCAUGAGGUGAAGGAGGGAUUCGCCAUGAACCAGCUCCGCAUCCUGCCCGCCGGCCCCGCGCGGGAUUACCGGGAGACGCACCGGCGCCACACGGAUGCCUCCUUGGGCCCGGUGGCCACCAAAGCCGAGGCGGAUCCAGGCUCUGAGCCCCCCGGCCGAGCUCCCGAAGCCACCCCAUCAGGGCUCCGCAAGUCCUGGAGCUCGGAGGAGCUGCUGGGGCCGGCACGGAGGCCUUUCUCGCUCAGCCAGCUGCGCAGGAGCUGGCGCAGCCUCUUCCGACGCCGGUCCUCGGAUGCUCUCCCUGCGGAUGGGGAUGGGGACGCGGCGGAGGCAGCGCUGAAGCCGGGACUGGGGAAGCGCAUCCUGCCGUGGGGGCUGUCGCGGGAGCAGCCCCCCGAGGUGCGCAAGGAGGGGGUCCUCAAGUACGGGCUGCUGGAUGAGAGCUCCUUGGACAGUGGGACGCGCUGGCAGCGCUGCCGCCUGGUGCUGCGGCGAGCGGGGACGUCUGAUGGCGAGGAGUACGUGCUGGAGCUCUUCGACCCACCCAAGGGCUCCAAGCCGAAGCUGCACGCUGCCUGCUCUGCCGUGCAGGAGGUGCGGAGGUGCACGCGCCUCGAGAUGCCCGAUAACCUGCACACCUUCGUCCUCAAGGUCACCAACGCCACCGACAUCCUGUUUGAGGCAGGGGACGAGCAGCAGCUCAGCUCCUGGACGGCCGAGAUCCGGGAAUGUGCUCGCAGGGGGUCUGAUGCGGGUGACCCCGAGCUGCUGGCGUGCUGGCACCCCAACCCUGCACCCUCCAGCCCCACCACCAGCACGGACACCCAGGGCCAAGCACCUGCGGCUGGCACUGACGGAGCGGGGCCAGUGCCGCGUCCAGCACCUCCGCUUCUCCUCCAUCGUGGAGAUGCUGCAGCACUUCCAUCGCUACCCCAUCCCGCUGGAGUGCGGGACAGCCUGCGACGUCCGGCUGUCCAGCUACGUCGUCGUCCUGCCCCAGCCCCAAGCUCCUGGCUCCAGCACCACGGUCCCUCUCCCGCUGCCCGUUCCCAGCUGGAGCCCUGCCUUCAGCCUCAGCCCCACCAGCUCCUCCUGUCCUCACGGCCCCGACGAGCCCCCUCCGGGCCCCCCAUCGGAGCAGAUCUUCCACGUGGUGCCGCCGCCGUCGGAGCUGGCGCAGAGCCUGCGCCCCGGCAGGGCACCCCCGGCGCCCCGGCCCCGCGAUUCGGACUACGAGGUGGAGGCACCGGGCCGGGGCCACGUCCGUGCCGUUGACAACCAGUACACAGCGCUCUGACCGGGGCUGCCACGCGCCGGGAUGCGCUUUCGGGUGGAGAAAUCCCAGAGCCCUGCUGGGAAUCCCAUGGAGGGACAGAACGUGCCCCGUUUCUUCCUUCUGGUUAGGGAUGAGCAUUGUAUUUUUGCAAGGAAAGGGGGUAAUUUUCACUCCAGUCCGGGUGUGCUCCCUCUCUUCGGCCUGUUAAAGGGCCUCUUAGUUGUAUUUUCUGGUUGUUAUAAUCAAAGCUUUCUUUGUCACUGUUUA